UCAGAUUUUGUUGUACCUACCUGGCGGACGCGCUGCACCUGAGAGCGACGGAAGCCGCCGCCGCCUCGACUCCCCGCCGCUUCUUCUCCCUCCACUUCCUCCCGAGGCUUUAAUGAUAGAAGCAGUCAGACUGUUGACUUUGGCAGCGGGAUAAAUAAUUAAUCUGCUGAAGUCGAGCCGCGCUUCACAGGAGGAGCUGACAUGCGGAGCUGAGCCGAGCAGGAGCGAAGUGCGCCUCCACCGUCUGGGACAAAAGGCAGGCCGAGGCCACAGGUGCUUCCCCGCGUUUCUUCUUCCACCUGGGGGGGAUUCAGCCCGCCGCCACCAUGCUGGGAGCGGAGAGCAUUCUGGAGAGCCGGCUGAAGAAGCUGGAGUCCCUCAUGAGGAACCCGCAGUCGGUCCUGAACUUGGAAACUCUGCUGGACUCCAUGAGUGCGUUGGCUCAUGAUUUGAACCACCCAGCUAUGCGGAAAAACAAGAACAUUGACUCGUUUCUGAACCGAUAUGAAAAGGCCGUGAACCAGCUGCGGGAGCUGCAGGUGAAGCUGGAGGACUUUGAGAAAAUCAAGUUGAUCGGCCGAGGCGCCUACGGAGAAGUGCAGCUGGUCCGUCACAAGGCCUCGAAGAAAGUUUAUGCCAUGAAGCAGCUCAACAAGUUUGAGAUGAUCAAGCGGUCGGAUUCAGCCUUCUUCUGGGAGGAGAGAAACAUCAUGGCCUUCUCCAACAGCCCCUGGGUCGUUCAGCUUUGCUGCGCUUUCCAGGACUACCACUACCUCUACAUGGUGAUGGAGUUCAUGCCUGGAGGGGACCUGGUCACGCUCACCAUGAAUUACGACAUCCCUGAAGAGUGGGCCCGCUUCUACACGGCGGAGGUGGUGCUGGCGCUGGACACCAUCCACUCCAUGGGCUUCAUCCACCGCGACAUCAAGCCCGACAACAUGCUGCUGGAUCAGCACGGACACCUCAAAGUGGCCGACUUCGGCACCUGCAUGAAGAUGGACUCGACGGGCAUGGUGCACUGUGACACAGCUGUCGGCACGCCGGACUACAUCUCCCCCGAGGUGCUGCAGUCUCAGGGUGGAGAUGGUUACUAUGGCCGGGAGUGUGACUGGUGGUCCGUGGGAGUGUUUAUCUACGAGAUGUUUGUUGGUGAAACUCCGUUCUAUGCAGAGUCCCUGGUCGGGACUUAUGGGAAGAUAAUGAACCACAAGAACUCCCUCGUCUUCCCAGAUGAUGUGGAGAUAUCUCACGAUGCCAAAGAUCUCAUCUGUGCCUUUCUGACUGACAGGACGGUUCGUCUGGGCCGCACGGGAGUGGACGAGAUCAAGUGUCACCCCUUCUUCAAGAACGAACAGUGGACCUUUGACAACAUCCGUGAGGCUGUGGCCCCGGUUGUUCCCGAGCUGCACAGCGACAUCGACACCAGCAACUUCGAUAAUAUAGAAGUGGAAAAAGGAAAUGCGGAGACCUUUCCUCCUCCCAGAGCCUUUGUGGGCAACCAGCUGCCAUUUAUUGGAUUUACUUACUUCAAAGAGGAUCAACUGCUGAAGGCGAGAAUCACCAGCUCCGCGGAGGAUUCAGACGACAGCGAGGACAACUCUAAAGAUAAGGAGAAUAGUUCGCACAACAAGAAAGAUCUGCAGAAAAAGCUUCAUCAGCUGCAGGAACAGCUCGACCAUGAGAUGCAAGCCAAAGAAGAGCUGGAGCAGAAGUGCAAAAAUGCUACAAACCGCUUAGACAAACUGGUGAAAGAAUUAGACCAGGAGAUGAACAGCAGGCAGAAGGUGGAGGCUUCGCUCCGGCAGCUGGAGAGAGAGCGAGCUCUGCUGCAGCACCAGAGCGCCGACAGUCUGCGGCGGGUGGAGAUCGAAACGGACAGAAAGCGCGUCCUGGAGAACGAACUAAACAACCUGAGGGACCAGCUGGAGGAUCUGAGGAAGAGGAACCAGAACUCGCAGAUCUCCAAUGAAAAGAACAUUCAGCUACAAAAACAACUGGAGGAGGCCAACGCCGUGCUUCAGGCUGAGCAGGAGGCAGCGGCGCGGCUGAAGAAGAACCAGGCAGAGGCGCAGAAACAAGCGCAGAGCCUGGAGGCCAGCCUCAGGGAGAUGCAGGAGAAGUGCUGCCAACUGGAAAACAGCAAGGCGGAGCUGGAGAAGCAGCUGAGGGGGCUGCAGGCCGAGCUGGAGGAGGAGAGGCGAGAUCGCAGCCUGAGAACAGAAACUAUCGCCGACCUGCAGGGAUGCAUCGCUGACCUGGAAGAAGACGUCAAAGAGGCCAAGGCGUCUUUCUCUAAGGUCAAGAGUCAGAGGAAGGAGCUUCAGAGGAAGCUCAAUGACCUUGAGAAGGAAAAGAACAACCAGGAGAUCGACCUGACGUUCAAGCUGAAGUUGCUCCAGCAGAGCCUGGAGCAGGAGGAGGCGGAGCACAAGGCCACCAAGGCCAAGCUCGCCGACAAGAACCACAUCAACCAGUCCAUCGAAGACGCAAAAUCUGAGGCUUUAAAAGAGAUGGAGAGCACCCUGCAGGAGGAGCGCAGCCUGAAGCUGCAGGUGGAGGCGGCGCUGCUGCAGCUGGAGAAGGACCACUCCAUGCUGGACUGCGACUACAAGCAGACGCUGCACAAGCUGGACGAGCUGCACGCGCACAAGGAGAGACUUGCUGAGGAGGUCAAGGUCUUGAACGCGCGUCUGGAGGAGGAGGCCCACAAGCGCAGCCUGAGCCAGAGCGACCUGAAGAUGCAGAACCAGCAGGUGUCUGUGCUCCGCUCCUCAGAGAAGCAGCUCAAGCAGGAGGUCAACCACCUGCUGGACAUAAAGCAGGUCCUGGAGAAGCAGAACCAGGAGCUUCGCAGGGAGAAGCAGGAGGCUGACGGCCAGUUAAAGGAUUUGAAGGACCAACUGGAGGCUGAGCAGUAUUUCACAACGCUUUACAAGACGCAGAUCCGCGAGCUGAAGGAUGAGUGUGAUGAGAGGAAUAAAUUAUACAAAGAGGCUCAGCAGCGGCUGGCAGAGUAUCAGGAGGAAAGGGAGUCUCUGACGUCUCAGCUGGAGGCCAGUUUGACCAAAGCGGACUCCGAGCAGCUGGCCCGCUCCAUCGCCGAGGAGCAGUACUCCGAUCUGGAGAAGGAGAAGAUCAUGAAGGAGCUGGAGAUCAAAGACAUGAUGGCGCGACACAAGCAGGAGCUCGGCGACAAGGAGGCGACCAUCAGCUCGCUGGAGGAGUCCAACCGCACUCUGACGGUGGACGUGGCCAACCUGGCCGGCGAGAAGGAAGAGCUCAACAACCAGCUGAAAGACAUGCAGCAGCAGCUCCAGAAAGCCAAGGAGGAGGAGAAGAACAUGGACAGCAUAAAAGUGUCCUUUGAAAAGCAGCUGCAGAAUGAAAGGACACUAAAAAUUCAGGCCGUCAACAAGCUGCACGAGGUGAUAAACAGGACCGUGCCGGGGGGCCACCGGAGCACCAACACCGAGUCGCACAGGAAGGACAAGGAGAACAGGAAGCUGCAGCAGGAGCUGCGAGCCGAGAAGCAAAAGCUCAACAGCACCAUCCACAAAUACCAGAAGGAGCUGACGGAAAUGCAGGCGCUGAUAGCAGAGGAGAACCAGGUCCGCCUGGAGCUCCAGAUGGCGUUGGACAGUAAGGACAGCGACCUGGAGCAGCUCCGCUGCCAGCUCACCUCCCUCAGCGUUCACUCUCUGGACUCCACCACAAUCAGCCGCAGCAACGACCUGGACCCGGCUGACGGAUACCCGGACUCCAGGCUGGAGGGCUGGAUUUCGCUUCCCACCAAGAACACAAAGCGCUUCGGCUGGGACAAAAAAUAUGUGGUGGUGAGCAGUAAGAAGAUCCUCUUCUAUAACAGCGAGCUGGACCGAAAGCAAGCCAACCCCUUCAUGACCCUGGACAUCGAUAAGCUGUUUCAUGUCCGGCCCGUCACUCAGACCGACGUGUACCGUGCAGAUGCCAGAGAAAUUCCCAGAAUAUUCCAGAUUCUGUAUGACAACGAAGGCGAGAGCAAGCGUGAGCAGGAGGGCGCGGCGGAGCCGGCGCCGUCCGGCGACCGGCCCUCCUUCCUCAACCACAAAGGCCACGAGUUCAUCCUGACGCUGUACCACUUCCCCUCCAGCUGCGAGUUCUGCACCCGGCCCCUGUGGCACGUCUUCAAGCCCCCGCCCGCCCUGGAGUGCCGCCGCUGCCACACCAAGUGCCACAAAGACCACCUGGAUAGGAAGGAGGAAGCCAUCGCCCCCUGCAAGGUGAACUACGACCUGUCCACCGCCAAAGACCUGCUGCUGCUGACCGACUCCCAGGAGGAGCAGCAGCACUGGGUCAGCCACCUCCUCAAGCGCAUCCCCAGGAAGCCCCCCACCAUGAGUCCGCCCCCCUCCGCCCACAGCCAGUCCCGCGAAGCCACCCCGCACUCCUCCCCCAGACUCUCCUCCCGGGACUCGCCCAAGAACUCCCCUCGCAUGUCCCACCGCGGAGCCAUCAGGAUCCAGUCCUCCAAGCUGCUGCCGCCGCCGCCGCCACCGCCCCAGCAGCAGCAGCAGCAGCAGCAGCAGCCGCAGCAGCCGUCGCCAUCAGGGAAAUCCAGAUUGCUUGAUGAUUUUGACCUGAAAGGAUGGAGUUGGUCUUUGGACGAUGUCCAUAAUGAUGAUGAUGAUGAUGAUGAUGAUUUGUUCUUCUGAAGCCAGUGAAAGAGGAGGGACCGAGGGUAACGGGACCCUGCAUGAGAUGUGUGUUUGCGGUCGUGCUGUGACAGGAAGCAUGAUGACGUGUGUUUGACGUGUGUUAGUACUUGAAUCUUAACCGAUUCAAGUGCUUGAAUUAUUGAUACUGAACGAAAAGUCAAGGUAAUAAUUUUGGUCUGAUUAUUUGGGGGGGAAGUGAAACAAAAAAACGUAGUUUGAGAUUUGGUGUCUGGGGAGAAUUGUACAUAUUAAACAAGAAUUUUUUCGUAUAGAAAUAAAUUAUUAUAUAUUUAAAAAACUGAAUUUUGAUUUUGAACAUUCAAAUAUUUUAAAAUUAUGAGCUUACUCAGACAAUUAAAUGAUUAUCUGUUACUCCUGCUUGUAGCCAUACAGUUAGUCAGUUUCCCUUUAAACUAUUUGUGUUUUUGUUUCUCCUCAUUUGUAUUUUCUGCCAUGGUUUCGUCAGAAUGAGCCCGACGCUGUUAUUCCUUGAAAAACAUUGAGCUUCACAGAAACCCGCCCGGUGGAUUUUGGGGCUUUCAUUGAGAGAUCUCAGAGCUGUGUCUCCUCCUUUCUAUUCUUGUUUUAAUGCUCCGCUUUAUAUUUAGCGUACUACCUUCCCCAAAAGCCUUUGUUUCAAUGUUUACCUCUCUCAAGCUUGCAGACCGAGAUUGUUCCAGUAUCUGUCUGCUUUUUAUGUGUUUUU